AGAGGCGGGGGAGGGUAGAGUUCCCGCGAUGUUUGGGGCUGGUGGGCGGGGCUCUGCUGCCACGUCAGGCUUCAGGCAGAAGAUAGCGGAUCUGGAGAGAGCCGGAUCCGGAGCCAUGGCUGCUAGCAGGUUGCUCGCGAGGCCCCAGCCCACGGACGUGGCCACCGCCGUGGUGCUGUGCUUGGCGCUGCUGUGGGGCGCCUCCGCGCAGCAUGAGGGCUUUCAUGGCCACGCUCAUGAGGACUUCCACCACGGCCACAGCCACGCUCACGGCCACGGCCACACGCACGAGGAUAUCUGGCACGGCCACGCACAUGACGACGGGCACACGCACGAGGGUAUCUGGCACGGCCACGCACAUGACGACGGGCACACGCACGAGGGUAUCUGGCACGGCCACGCUCACGAGGACCACCACGGACACAGCCACUCGCACGGGGGCCACUCGCACGAAGGCUUGCACCAUGGGCACUCGCACGAGGAUUUUCACCAUGGGCACAGCCAUGGGCACGAGGACCCCCACCAUGGUCAUGGCCAUUUCCACGAGGGUCCUCUCCACCACAGCCACUCGCACGAGUCUCCUGCUGGCGGCCCCAGUGAGGCCCAAUCCUUCCCUAGGAACGAGAAGCCUCUGCCGAGGAGGGAGAAAUUGGAGCCGCUGCAGUUGUGGACUUACGCCAUUGGUGCCACUCUCCUCAUCAGCGCUGCCCCUUACUUUAUCCUCUUCCUCAUCCCGGUGGAGUCCAACACAUCCCAGCACCAGGCCCUCCUAAAACUGCUGCUCAGCUUCGCCUCUGGGGGGCUUCUGGGAGACGCCUUCCUGCACCUCAUCCCUCACGCGCUGGAGCCGCACUCCCACCACGGGGAAGGCGCAGGACACAGCCACGCGAAGCCGGCAUCCCACGGGCAUUCUCACCAGGGUUCUGAGCACCAGCACAUGAUGUCGGUGGGCCUCUGGGUGCUGGGGGGCAUUGUGGCCUUCCUGGUGGUGGAGAAGUUCGUCCGGCACGUCAAGGGAGGCCAUGGACACCACGGCCACAGCCACGUUCCCAAAGCCAAGAGCAGCGACGAUGAGGCAGAGACGGAGCCUUUGCGGGGAAAGACGUCGGAGAAAAAAAUAGCCCCCUCCCAGGGGAACCAGAAGCCCCCCGACUCUGCCAUGCGUGUGUCUGGCUACCUGAACCUGGCCGCCGACUUUGCCCACAACUUCACAGACGGGCUGGCGCUGGGGGCCUCCUUCCUGGCGGGGGGCACCGUCGGAGCCGUCACCACCCUGACGGUCCUACUCCACGAGGUGCCCCAUGAGGUGGGCGACUUCGCCAUCCUCGUCCAGUCUGGCUGCAGCAAGAAGAAGGCAAUGAAGCUUCAGCUCGUGACGGCGCUGGGCGCCCUGGCGGGCACCAUCUGCUCACUGCUGGCGGAAGGCGUGGGCGAGGCGGCCACGGCCUGGAUCCUGCCCUUCACGGCCGGAGGCUUCAUCUACGUGGCCACCGUCUCGGUCAUCCCCGAACUGCUGCAGGACUCGGGGCCCGUGCAGUCCCUCCUGGAGGUCUUGGGACUGGUCGGCGGAGUUGCCAUGAUGGUCUUCAUCGCCCAGUACGAGUAGAGCGGGGGGGCGGGGAGGGGAGGGGCCCAGGCGCCCGUUUGGGGCAGCAGAGGUGGGACCAAGGAGAAACGGACGACAGACCUGCCCCCCACUCCCUCUCCAACUCCAUCUCGGGUCCAGACAUUUCAGCCGCCGGCCACUGCUGCACACCUCCCUUCCUCCAGGGGGCGCUGUGUUGGUGUUGCAGCGCGAGGAAGAGGAGAAAACGACCAGUCUGGGACUUCCCGGGAGGCCAGCUCUUCUGCUCCGCUUGGAGAUAGCAAAAUGCCCUUUUCUAUGGGGGGGAGCAAGAGAAUUUUAGGGUUCUCGUAUGUGUGUGUGUUUGCGUGUCUGUCCUCUUGGCCCCGAAUUGUUGGGGUUGGAGGCUCCGAAGGACCAGGAACAUGGGGUGUGGGACAUGGAGGAGCCAUAGCUGCCAAGUCUCCCGUUUUCCCCGGGAAAUCCCCGUUUUUCCAGCUGUUCCUAGCUGAAAAAACGGUGGUUUUUUUUUCUCGGUUUAUUCUGGCGCGACGGCCAUUUUGGAACUGGGCAAAGCAGCAUCAAAAGUCACUUCUGAUCUCUGCCCAGUUCCAAAAUGGCAGCAGCGCUACUUCCGGUCUGCUAUUUCUGCCCCGGUCCCUUAUUUCUCUGACAGCAACUUGGCAGGUAUGGGGGGAGCAGGGAUUUGGGGAGGUUGGGGGUCAGGAGAAAUCAUGCUUUUUUUGGUGAGAGAAGCAUAGUUGCUGGCAUCCAAUAAUGGAAUAUUUGGGCGCAGUUCUGAAGGGGGGUGCUGAGGGUGUGGGCGUCACAGUGGGGACCCCCCUCCGCCCCCCCAAAGGGAACCAAGCUGCGCCUCAUAGGAGAGUUUUCCAAGGUUUUUAUUUUUUUAGACAAGUGUUUCUGCUACUGUAAAACACAACUCCUGGCAGUGGGAAGUCUGUUCUCGCUGCUGACGCCGGGGAGGAAAUCCAGAUUUAUACUCCGGGAAACGGUAGUAGGGGGUUUAGGAGCAGGCUUUCCGUGUACACGUCAUUUAUAUAUAUAUAGAUAUUUCUUUUCUCCUUUUUUUUUGCAAUUUCUUUGUAGGGUGGAGGGUCUUACUUUGGGGGUGACGGUUGUACCAGGGAGAAAUGUGUCAAGGACAGGAAUAGUGGUGGCUGCAAUUAAAACUGACUUCUGCCCUGGAAAAAAAAAGGGAAAA